GCGCGCGGCGGCGGAGACGGAGUGCGUCCGGGGGCCGGCCACACGCCGCCGGAGCAAGCCGCGGGGAGCAGGCUGGCCCGCUGCCGAGGCCCCGCCUCUCGGACCUCGGGACUAAUCGGAUUGAAAGCGCGCCGGCCCCGGGCCCCGAACUCGCCAAUUGAGGAGGACGGCGGUCACCGCCCAAUCCGGGGCAGACAGGUGCGAGGUCCGGAAGGUGGAGGCCAAUCGGGAGCGGUUGCGGCCUACUGGGGCAGGGCUCAGCCAAUGAGGAGGCUCGAGUGACAGCCGGGCGCGCCAAUCGAGAGUGAGAAGCGGCCGUGCCCGCCCGCCCUUCCGGCCGGAGCUCUAUUUACCAGGGGCGUGCGGCUCGCUUGCCAAUCGGAGUGCGCCGGAGCGGCCGGACAGCCAACCCCGGAGGAGCGGCUGGCUGGCGGCCGCCGCACCCAGGAGUUGGGAUGUCCUACAAACCUAUCGCGCCGGCCCCCAGCAGUACCCCCGGCUCCAGCACCCCCGGACCAGGCACCCCGGUCCCUACAGCCGGAAGUGUCCCGUCGCCGUCGGGCUCAGUGCCCGGAGCUGCGGCACCUUUCAGACCACUGUUUAAUGACUUUGGACCGCCCUCCAUGGGGUAUGUACAGGCUAUGAAGCCACCCGGUUCCCAGGGCUCUCAGAGCACCUACACGGACCUGCUGUCUGUCAUAGAGGAGAUGGGCAAAGAGAUCCGGCCCACCUAUGCUGGUAGCAAGAGUGCCAUGGAGCGCCUGAAGAGAGGCAUUAUCCACGCUCGGGCACUAGUCAGAGAGUGCCUGGCAGAGACAGAACGCAAUGCCCGCACGUAACAGGAAGCACCUUGACCUCGUCGUCUGGACCUUUCUGGCCACUGCAGAGCACCUGCUUCUCCCUGGCCUUCGCCCCAAGUUGCUUCCUCUCCUGGGCUUCCUGUCCUGUGUCCCUUGGUGGGCACGCUCCAGGAACCAGGCUGCAGGUCUUCCAGUUGGCUGUACGAACUGGGCCCCUCUCUCUGCAGGAGCGGGUCCCAUCCAUGACCUGCUCACAGUGCUGGUCCAACUGGAGCUUGCUCCUUUCUGUGGCCCCACCACGUUGCACUUACUCCUUAACUUAGUCCCUCCAAUAGGAGUGCAGAAGGCCUCCCUUCUGGCCUCACCUCUGGGGCCACAGCCGACUCUUUUUUUGGUGUGUCUUUUACUAAAUAUGCCCUUUUUGUAUAAAUAAAAGAUGAUUUGGAGUCCGUUCUCUUA